AACGCCUACGUACCAAGUACUUGUUGUAUCGGACAUACCAACAUUCCGAGACGUUAUGAGGAGAAGGCCAAGCGAGUUCAGCGGAAUGGACGUCGAGAACUUCACAGGCUCUAAGAAUAUGGUCUUGAGUGAGGGAGCUAUGUGGAAGAAGCACCGGAGGAUAGUAUCACGUCCGCUCAAUGAGCGGAACUUGAAUAAAUUCGUACCUAUGAUUAUCAGUCUUGGUGAAGACCUG